UCGAGUUAUCUUUGAUUUUCAGACUAAAAUCCGGGACAAAAGAAUCCGUUUGAUUUACAAACACCUGUCCAGGUGGACUCUCGGGUUAUUUAUUUCAUUAUUCAUGUAGUUAUUGAUCCGCUUUUCUGGCCCCAAUCCUUCAUUUUUUAUUCAGAUCGUCUGAGAGAGUCACGUGCCACUUAAUGGGGCGCCUAAACUCACUAAUUGGCUUCCUAAUUGGCCGCUGUCGCCGCGCGCGCUCUCUCUUUCGCGCCGCCACAUUCCCACAGUCUCCCUGAUUGGGGGUCAAUCUCGUAGACAGAAUCCCCCCCACCUCCUUACCCCUGUCACCCCCCCAUCCUCGUGUUUUAUGUCUGCGUCACAACAAGUCGGCGUUGCGCGUGCGGUGAUGGCGUCUCUGGCGCAGCUCUGACAAACACGCCUUCAGCACCGGGGGUAGGAGGAGGGGGCGAGGGGGGGCAACAGCGACGGAACAUGACGAAACGGCACCGAGGAGGAGGACGGACAAACUAGACUGAGAGACGGACGGCGCACUCCUCCUCCUCCUCCUCCUCCUGCUCCUGCUCGCUGAAGACUUGACUGACACGCACGCACACGGGCGCCGCGCAGACGGGGGAGCAUGCACGCACGCCCUCCACUUUUGGCGAACACGCACGCGGCGUAAUUGGGCAGUCUCGGCGGAUGAGCCUGCAGGAAUCUGUGUGACCCCCGACGGGAAGGAGUUCGCGCGGACAGGAUGGGGGGAGUCAGUGAGGGAGAUGAUGUGUUGGCUCGGUGGAGUGAUGGACUUCUGUACCUCGGAAACGUCAAAAGAGUGGAUGGAGUCAAGCAGUGCUGUCUGGUGAGGUUCGAGGACAACUCCGAGUUCUGGGUGCUCAGGAAGGACAUCCACUCCUUCGCUGCCGGAGGGGAAGAAGUUUGCUGCAUUUGUGACGCCCCGCCUCUCAAAGAACCGCUCAUCAAUUGUUUGAAAUGUCGCCACGGUUAUCAUCUGGAGUGCCACACGCCAACCGUCGAGCCGGAAGCUGACAGCGAUUCUUGGAUAUGUCGGCAGUGCGUCUUUGCAGUUGCAACCAAGAGAGGCGGGGCCCUGAAGCGCGGACGCUUCGCCCGGCUCAUGCAGUUCAUGAAGCUGCGGCUCCCGUACCAGCUGUCGUCUCUGGACUGGGACCCGCAGCAUCUGACCAACCAGCAGCAGUGUUACUGCUACUGUGCCGGACCUGGAGAGUGGAACCUGAAAAUGCUGCAGUGUAGCAGCUGUGGUCAGUGGUUCCACGAGGCGUGCACACAGUGCCUAACCAAGCCGCUGCUGUACGGGGACAGGUUUUAUCAGUUCCAGUGCUCAGUUUGUACGAAGGGACCAGAGACGAUCCAAAGACUCCCCAUGACCUGGGUGGAUUUGGCUCAUUUAGUGCUCUACCAUCUCUCACUGUGCUGCAAGAGGAAAUACUUUGAUUUUGACCACGAAAUCCUGUCCUUCACCAACGAGAAUUGGGAGUCGUUGCUUCUCGGCGCGCUGUCAGACACACCGAGACAGGACCGAUUCCACAAUCUGCUCAACGCUCUCAACUCCCACAAGGACAGGUUUGUCUCUGGAAAAGAGAUCAAGAAGAAAAAGUGUCUUUUCGGGCUGCAGGUCCGAGCUCCGCCUCCGCUCACAUCGGAUACGUCGCCGCUCAUUACAGACCCGCCUGUCAGCAUCACACACCGGAGAAGCCCGCUGUCACUGCCCUGCCAGAGGAGAGUGGGGGGGGCGGAGCCUCGUAAACCGAAGCGGCGUGUGAUGGAGACACAGGCCUGUCCACCUCCUGUUCCUGCCAACUCCAUUGAGCUACUGCCAUGUUGCCAUGGCUACAUGGGAGGGGCCAGCCUUUACAACUCCAGGAUAUCAGAGGAGGACCUCAACACAAGUUCUCCUCCGAAGCGGAUGUACGCGCUGUACCACUCUGCUUACAACGGAAAUACUGCACUCCCCGCCAACUUCCAUCACUACAACAGUUUGGAGGACAACUGCCGUUUACCCCCCUCCUGCUUAUCGUACCCCCUCAACCCCGAAGGCAACCACCACCACCACCACCAGCACUACCACAGCCACCAGCACCAGUCGGGGCAGAAGCCACUGGAGCCCCUCAUUUUACGGGACGCGCCUCCUUGUCAGGCCGGUGUGGGCGGAGCAGGAGGAGGUGGAAUUGGGAUGGGACUCGUAGGAGGGGACGGGACUGUCGGCAGAGGCUGGGGAGGGGGGGAGGCGGUGAGGAUCUUGGCGAAACGCAUCACACCAGAUGGGAAGGUACAGUACCUGGUGGAAUGGGAGAACAUGAGUCUGUACUGACACGGCGAGGGUUUUGGCUCGCCACAGGACCGCGGUGUACCUCACGUACGGCAGUGUGUAAAGUACAAACCCGAUCAGGAUCCAGGUUUCUCUCACGGUGACACCUCUACACUAUUACUCCUAUCACUGUUCCAACUAAACGUCCCUCUUUGCUGGUGUUUCUGAUAUUUGUACUGUUACCUUUGGAAUAUGCCUUUGCAUUGAUCUCAUUUGACAGUGAAGAGGGAACUGUCUGGACCUCCUGGUGGUUUGUUUUUGGGGAGAGAAAGAACGAGAACGCCCCUGCAUACACGACGGUCAUGAACCAGCAUCAGUUAUUUAAGUUCAGCUUUUAAGCAGCUUUUUGAGGAAUCGUUUUCUGAACUGUUGCCAAGAUCACAAGAGCUUUGCUCCUCAGAGGAUUAACACAAAGACGUCAAGACUUUUGCAAGUUUAAAGAAAAAAAAACGUCUUUCUCUGUUUUUGCAGUUUUUCCUUUACAGCUCAUUGGUGAUCGUUCUCCUCUUUAAGCUGCAACAGGGAUGACCGGAGAAAGCUCAGAAAUAUAACGAAAUGUCACAAAUGUCGUGGCAGUUUCGUGGUAAAGCACAUCCAAACAUGCACAACACUGAGGGAGGGGGAUGCACUUAUUUAAUUUACUGUCAAGGCCCCUUAUUUGAAAAUCUGUAAUGGUUUUAGAACCACCAAAUAUGCAUCUUGUCUCCUUUUAAAGACGCUAUAAAAUCAGAGUAACACUUUGUCCAAAUUCACUCACCAUUUAAAGGACUGUACAGGGCAUUCAGCAUUGUGUCCAAAUCUACAAUUAUAAACUUCUUCUCUGCAUUGAUGCGCUUCAAUGUGUGUGAGAAGUGGACCGAGUGAGUGUGAUGUCACUCAUAAAAAACGACUUCCAAUUAAAGGUGCAGUUUCCAUUAAGCUAA